UAUCGCAAAUCGUAACCCGUAUGGCACGGAUAACGACGACACUCGACAGCCAUUAGCAAAACCAGUAACCACCGUACCUCGUCCGAUUAUAAUUAAUACAACAUAAACAUAUUAUUAUUAUUAUACAGACGUCGUGUAAUGUAUAAUAUUGUUAUUAUUAUUAUGAUUAUGUUUUUCCGAUAAGAUGCCGAAGUUCUUGAACAAAAUGCUAUGAAAUCCAAACGAUGUCGGUGUGAAUUCUUUGGCAAAAUACCAAAAAGCUGUUUUCGGACAUACCGUCGUUGAGGUUGGUCCUAUACUGCGCAUCACAAUUGUCACUCAGACACGGCCGUUCAAAAUACUGUGACCAAAAACGGAGGUCUACAGCUGUUUUGUACCUCUGGACUUUUACCACCACCAUAAUAAACUUCAGUCUGCAUUUCCUACAACAGCCAACAAAAAAUAAUAUUUAUAUGGAUAUAUAUUCUUUUUUGUUGUAUCAAUUCAAAUGUUCCAUCCGUUCGUGCUCCCUAGUCAUUGUUAAUUAUAUGUUAAGUCAAGUUGAUGUUGUGGUCAAUCCGAAAACAUGAAUGUUGAAAAUCACCAACAGCCGCCCACAUCCGAACAAAAAGAUUCUUCACAUAAAAGCAAACGGUCAAUACUCCAGGAUAAAACUUUUUUAAUUGACAUAGUAAACAAUAUGAUAAGUACAAAGGUAGAAAAACUCAUUAAUGCUUAUGGAGGAAAAAUCCUCCAGUCUUUAGAAAAAAAUACUAGUUAUUUAAUAUCCGAUGUGAGAAACAAUGGGAAAUCCAUACAUAAUAAUGAAGCAGAAAUAAAUAAUUGCGGCAGUACUGUUAAUGAAGUGCCAUGUACGAAACAAGAUGAUUCCACUGAUCUCAUUAGUAAAGCAACUCUUUUGAAUAUACGAAUAUUUUCACCUAAACAGUUUCAGCAAUGGCUUAAGUCUUUAUUAAAAAACCGUCGGGUUAAUAAAAACCCUGUCGACAAAGUAGCAAGUGUCCUUCGAGGAAAAAUCAGUUUAAAAAUUGAAUCAUUGGACCAAGGUCAAUGUCCUGUAUUUGAAUUUAUUCCUAAGUGGCCAGACCUAGGUGACACAUUGUGUAAAAAGAAAACUAAAGUUCCAGCUGAAAACAAAUUUGAUAUUAAUAAAAGUGGUGACGAAUACUCUUCUGACCAAUAUAGUACAUCGGAAAUUGGUGGCAUGUGUGAGCUAUGUGAUGUUCCUUUUAUGAACUAUAAAGAACACAUUAACACAAAAAAACAUAUGAGAGAAAGUCAAGACGAAAACAGAUAUUGUGAACUAGAUGAAUUAAUUAAUGAAAGACCCCUCAGUAUGAUUUUCAACAAAUUUGAACCUGAUCACACAAUUAGCCAAAGCGCAACUAUUAUUUCGGAACAGCAGGAAGAUUCUAGUGUUAAAGGCAGUUUAGAUGAUUCAGUUACCACUAAUUUAGAUACGGAUUCUAAUGAUAAUGAAAAAAAUUUGCUUUGUUUGUAUGGCGCCAGUGUUAAUAAUGAUCAGCCAUCUCUUAAUUUAAAGCGAAAGUAUUGUUCUGAUACUACUAUAUCAUAUACACCUGAAAAAAAACGAAAAACCGAUUUUCUGUCCACAUGUUUAGAAGAAAAAGUAGAAAUAAAUUGCUACAAAAAAACUAAACGGAAACGCAAAGUACGACAAAAACAAUCUUCUAAAGAUAUUUAUAAGGUAGAAGUAAUUAAUAGCCAUUCAUACUCAACAUCAAAUAAUGAUAAGUAUGAUGAUCAAACCAAAUCAAAUAAACCCCCUGUGAUAAUACGUCUGAAACGUGUACAAAAUACUGUAGAUAGUGAAACAGGAAAUGAGACGAGUGAUAGCAAUAUCAAUGAUAGUAGUGUUAAAACACCAACAAUAAAUGCUAGUCCAAUAGUUCGCAGAUAUUUUCGAGUUGUUCGAAAAGAGAGUUUUAGUAACAGUGAGGGUGAUACUAAGAUAAAUUCAAAAAAUUUAACAUUUUCAUUUGAACAACCUGAAUUACGUCAAAAUCGUAAUAGCGAUAUUAAUUAUCAUCCAACCUAUACAUGUAUUCCGAAUAUUGGACCCAGCCCUCAGUAUAUUCAAGAAAGUUUGUCUAAAUUAGAUAAACAUAAUGUGAAGUUUAAAUUGCUACCCUUUGACAAGUCCUUAGAAGUUUUAUCAAACAUAGAACCUCGACGAUUUGGAGAGUGGUUUUAUAAGAUACCUAAAAGAAUCCAAGAUGACCUGUCAUUUGAUUCAGCUACACUGGUUCCUUUAAUGAACGAAUCAAAAUGUAUAUUGAAAACAAGUGACGAAAACAAGGCAAGUAGUUCAUUAACUUCUUAGAUAAUUGUAUGGUUCAUUUGGUUGGAUUGAUAGCUUUUACAUCCUAUUCUCAAGAUCUCUAAUCAAUAUUUGGUUUUCAAAAAAGCAUGUUUUUUAUUUUUUCAUAGUUUAUCUUAUUUUUCCAAUAACUUUUUAUUUUUUUAAUUUUAUCCAUCUUGCCUAUUUAAUGGAAAACGCACAUUAGAGCUCUAGUUAACACCAAUGAUUGUUUUUAGAUAUUUGUUUUAAUGUUAAUUUUUUUCUUGUUUUUUAUUAUGUACAUGCCAUAAUUCUCAUUUAAUAUCACGAAUCAUUAAAAAAUAUAAUUACUUUAAUUUCAAUGAUAUUUAGUACCGUUUAUCAUUUUAGUUAACAUAAUCUCAUUUUAGGUGCAAAAGCUCUAAAAUAUUUUAAUUA